UUCAGGAACUGCAUAGGAGCUGCGGAACGGCUGCAGCUGACAUUGCGAUAUCUAUCCACUGGUAAGAUAUAAUAUUUUCUUGGUAAUUUUUAGUACCGACAUACAUAUGUAUGUACAUAUUUCCAAAAUUAGGUGAAACCCAAAGGUCACUUCAAUUGCCGUUCCGAAUUCAGCAGUCAACCAUUUCCAGAAUUUUAAAGGAAUCAAUUCCCGCAAUAUAUUUGGCGUUAAGGGAGGAGUAUUUGAAAUUCCCUGCAAGUGAGCAAGAUUGGCGUGAUAUUGCAAAAGACUUUUAUCAGAUGUGGGGAUUCCCGAACUGCAUCGGCGCUUUAGAUGGAAAGCAUUGCAGAAUACUGCCAGUGAGGAAAGCAGGAUCUACGUAUUUCAAUUACAAAGGAUACCAUUCAUUUGUAUUGAUGGCAAUCGCUGAUGCCCACUAUCGUUUUAUUUAUGCUGAUGUCGGUGUUAAUGGGAGAGUGGGUGAUGCUGGAAUUUGGUUGAACUCGGACCUGAAAUACGCUAUUGAAAAAAAUGAAGUACAUAUACCAGCCCCAUGCACGCUCCCUUUCAUGUCAACUCCCUCGCCUUUUGUGCUUUUAGCCGAUGAUGCCUUUGCUCUAAAAGACUACUUAAUGAAACCUUACUCUCAUCUAAGACUAUCACCAAGCGAACUUAAAUACAACAACAUACUUUCGAGGAACAGGCGCGUUGUUGAAAAUGCUUUUGGCAUUCUUGCGAACAGUUUUCGAGUUUUAUUUUCACCCAUCCAUCGCGCUCCAGCUGCAGCCAUUCAGAUUGUAUUAUCUUGCAUAACAACUAUACAACAACCGCUUCUGAAAGAAAUGCGUCAAAAUGGAGCGCUGAAGAAAUAA